AUGGACAACAUGGCUAGCACCUCUAGCUUCCUUCGGUUCCCAGAUCUUCCCACUGAACUUCGCUUGAAUAUCUGGUACCAAUGCCUUCCAGAGGACUCGGCCUUAUUCUUCUACAAAGAGGGAUGUUGGCAUGCUCGGAACUUGCCCAACGCCGAGGAAGGUAUCCCAUCAGAAAUGGAAAUAACCUUUUUGGACGAGAGGUUAGAUCCUGUCAACUUCACUCCUCAUAUAUUAUCGGUGAAUCAGGAAGCUCGAGAAGUAGCCCAAUCUUGGAUUCAUAGGAAGGCUCUCCAGGGGCGCCUAGAAUCGCCGGCAGCUCCACAGCCACCCUAUGUUCGUCGAUUUGACCGAGAUGUGGACACGCUCUAUGUUCCACACGAGAAAUGGGUGUCUUUCAUCUCUGAGAUGUUUGACAAAAUGUUUGAUCCAGACAUUGGCACGCAAAUUCUCAGGAUCCGGACUCAUAGCUACAAACGUAUUGCCCUACCACUGUCGGUUCUGGAAAGCUUUGACGAAUAUCCCGAUCCAAUCGAGACCGUUGUGAAGGAAUUCGCACACUUCGAUGAACUUGUCAUUGUGAUCAAUUCGCCGCCAGAUCUGCCAAUGGCGCAGAAUGGCUCCCAUGUACAGCAAAGAUGGGUUCUACAGCAUACGCCGAUCAAGUUGUUUUGGAAACACGAGGAAGAUGCCUCCGCAUCAGAUCGCCACAGGCUUCCCGAAAAUGAGCCUCUGUUCAGUAAAAUAAAGGGAGCUAGAAAUUCCUUGAGUACAGAACCGCCGGGGCGGGAGGUACGGUUUGUCCGUGCUGCCCGGGCAUGA